CGCGGGCAGAAGAAAAAGUCAAAACAGCGGCGCCAUCGCCGCCAUCUCCACAAGCGACGGCGGCGCCACUUCCCGGCCAAGAUAUCAGGAUCUAUUGCACUUGUUGCCCACUUGGAAGAAAACUGUUUACAAAAAUCUAACGAUAGCAGCGGCACAGAAUUUUCUUCUCCUGAUGUCAGUUCGAAUCUGUUGCAAGGCCAAAGAAAGAAGCAAAAUCCAGGCCAGAGUCAAUAAUCUCAAACUGCUGGGGAACCGCAGCAGAUCUGGUCGUGUCUGUGGAGAGAAAUAGAGUUGACAUUUCAAAUUCAGUGACCCAGGCAGCAAUAAGCUCAAGAUCAUUUUUACAAUCAGAGUGGAGGUGUUCUGCAAAGUGGCCAUGAGAUUGCAUUUUGUCUUCCCACUGUGGAGAAAACCACAUUGUGAGCAGUGUAUACAGUAGACUGGAUUGAACGAAAUUCAGCAGCAUGAUGGUCUUCUAUCAAGACGUCAUGUAAAGAGACAGAUCUGCAGAGGUGACAACUGAGAGAAUAUCAACAGUAGUGGAUCUUCACCAUCUUUCAAGUUAUUUAGUACAGUAUCCAGAAGAGGUAAAAGGAUCCUCUUUCUGUUACGUUAUGGAUGAGCAACCUUCACAACAAUUUGGUGGUCAUGUUGCAGUUUCUGCAUUUCCAUCACAGAAGCCCCUGCGUCCUGAUUUGGGCCUCGGUACUCUGGGAAACUUCCAAAUAGAGAAGAAGAUUGGCCGUGGACAAUUUAGCGAAGUGUAUCGAGCAGCAUGUCUCCUAGAUGGGAUGCCUGUAGCUUUGAAGAAAGUUCAGAUAUUUGAAAUGAUGGAUGCCAAAGCUCGUCAAGAUUGCAUCAAAGAAAUAGAUCUCUUAAAGCAAUUGAACCAUGCAAAUGUAAUCAAAUAUCUUGCAUCAUUCAUUGAAGACAAUGAGCUAAACAUUGUAUUGGAACUGGCAGAUGCUGGAGAUCUUUCUAGAAUGAUAAAGCAUUUUAAGAAACAAAAGCGGCUGAUUCCAGAGAGAACAAUAUGGAAGUAUUUUGUGCAACUCUGCAGUGCCUUGGAACACAUGCAUUCUCGGCGUGUCAUGCACAGAGAUAUCAAACCUGCUAAUGUGUUCAUUACAGCAACUGGGGUAGUUAAACUGGGAGACCUUGGAUUGGGCAGAUUCUUUAGUUCGAAAACUACAGCAGCACAUUCUUUAGUGGGUACCCCGUACUACAUGUCCCCGGAGAGAAUACAUGAAAAUGGAUACAACUUCAAAUCUGACAUUUGGUCACUAGGUUGUUUGUUAUAUGAGAUGGCUGCACUCCAAAGUCCAUUCUAUGGCGAUAAGAUGAAUCUAUAUUCUCUCUGUAAAAAGAUCGAACAAUGUGAUUAUCCUCCUCUUCCUUCUGACCAUUAUUCUGAAGAGCUUCGACAGUUAGUAAAUAUCUGCAUUAAUCCAGAUCCAGAGAAGAGACCAGAUAUUGCCUAUGUGUAUGAGGUAGCUAAGCGCAUGCAUGCACUUUCUUCAGGAAGCUAAAGUGAAUCAUGCAUCAGAAAGAAGAAAAACCGGAAGAUAUGAACAUAAAAAUUCAGUGUUUCUGUAUUCUAGCAUUACCCUGUUAUUGUGUCUAAGGAUAGUUGUACAGAAUUCAGUGGCAUCAUUGGAAUGAAAGCUACACAUACCCAAAAGAAAUGAGUUCUUAAUGACAUGGUUCUAGAUGCUGAACUGCAUUUGUUUUAAUAAUUUCAUCCUCUCAGUGGCCUUCUGUGUUUUAAUUCAUAUUUCUGUCCUUACACUUGAUAUUUUAAAAAUAAAAUUGGCAUGCCUGCAGUUUUUUUUUACAAUCAUAUAAAAAUCUGUUUCUUGUAGGCCUAUUGGACCAGACAUUACUGUGCCUUGUUACAUAACUCAUGCUGUUAUUUAUAGCAUUUAUUGCAUCUUGUAGCUUUGUGAUAUUUUCUGUUGACCCCAUACUCAGCUGCUUGGUGACAUUGUAUCAAUUCACACCAAGUUUUGGUAUGUUAUGCAAAUCAAUAUUUGGUUUGUAUGGACCAAGUUCUAAAUUGCUUGAAUGUUCCUUGUAAGUCACAACAAUGCUAACCAAAAUACAAUUAAAUGUUCAAAGACAUUUAUGGUUUCUAAAAGGUGCCUUUAUUAUUGUUUUAUUAAAGAAAACCUGCAGUUUAAUACUGUAAUUUUAUUUGCCCAUUGAUGUUAUCAUUACAAAUGAUUACUGUUUAACCAUAUCUUUACCUUGUGAAUUCAAAGGUUUAAAAAAAUAGAAUAAUGCUUUAUUUCCAUAACGUUUGAUUAUUUUGUCUGAUUAAGCAACAAUUGUGAACUUUCUUGUUUAUCUCCCACCCUCCUCUUCCCUCCCCAAUUUGACAAAAACUUUGGAUAAUACCCUUUAGCAGUGCGAUUCUGUACCAGCUUGCCAAUAGAUUCACCAGUGACUUGGAAUAACAUUCCCCCUGAUUUUCUUUUCCCCAAAAUAGUACAGCUGAAUUUUUUAAUUUAGAGAAAGAGGUAUUGAAACUUGCCUGUUACAGUGUUGUGGUGUUCCAGUAGUCAGUGCCACCAUUUUUCCCUUGACAGUCUCAAUUUAUGAAGAAAAAAUGUUUAUAACAGUUUGGUAUACUAUUGUUUAAAAUGUUUGAACAUUGUAAACGCUUCCAUUGUAAACCUCAACACUACUGUCACAUAGAACUUGGAUUAUUUCUAUCGUGUUGGAUAACUAAUAAAUGUACUUUAAUGUGUGCAUUUACUCGAUACAUUUUAAACAUUGCUCAAUGGGGGACUCAAAUUCAAGAUCUUACUCUGAGAGUAUGAAACAGUCAACAGUUAGAGUGACUGUCAGCAGUUAGAAAGCUAUUACCUAAAUUGAGAUAUUAAGCUAUGACACUAAAUCAUGCAGACUGUUCAUGUCCCAGAUUCAAGUGCAUGUGCUGAAUCACCCAAUUUCAACAACUGAGCUUUUAGAGGUGUGUUACGACUGGGCUUGGUGUCAUUGAACGAGGAGGAAGAGUUAGUUGAGCUCUUUUUUUUUUCAGAUCUAGAAUUGCAGUAAUCCCAGAUGAAAAUGCUUUUCAGUUUCAUGUGAAAAAUGGCUGCUUGAGUAAAAUGUCAGGAAUUUGUCAGAGCUUGUGGAACCAUAUUCACAACACUGUUUUUGCCUCACACACUUAAAAAGACAAAGCAGAUCUGAGAUAAUAGGGCAAGGAAAAUUGUUCCUUGUUUGUGAAUAAGUUUCUUUGUACAGACUUUUUAUUACAGUUGAUUUAUCCAUAAAAAUGUUUCUAAGUGGAGUGGGUGAUUUAAGAUCUUACUCUUAAAUUAUUUAAAUUGCCUAUAGUUUCUCUCAAAAUUGAGUCUUUGCCAUCUUGAAAAUCUGUUGAGUGAUAGGGAAGUAGAAGUGUAAGUUAACUUAGUGUUUGGUCCAAAACAGAAUUUAUUGUGGAUUUAGUGCUGCGUCUUAGGCAUUUUCUAUACCUAUAAAGGCAUAGUCUAUGUUUAAACAUGAUCCUGUACGAAACUGAAAUUUCAAAUAAAAUGUACACUUUACGUAGAUAAUGUAUUUAGGAGCUGGACAUUUUAAUUCCUUGGCAUUUUCUCACUUUGUUUAAAAAUAAAUCUUAUGUAAAAUUAUAGCUAAAACAUCAUCCUCUUCUUAGGCCUCAGUGAUGGAUAUUAUAUAUUCUUAAGCAAAAAAAAAAUUUAGAUUUUGUUCCUUAUUCCCACAAAAAUAUUGUAAGAUGUCAGCUAAAAAGAUGCUGUGUUGAAUAAGAUGAAGUGAUAUCACACUAAUUAACAGUAUAAUAUAGUACAGUAUCAGUUAAAAAAAAUUGGAAAUGUGUUAAAUUUUCCCUAUUGUCUCUGUACAUUUGUGGCAUUAAUUCAAUGGUUGCAUAUUUGGUCACAGUAUUUCUGUAUCUUGAAAUUCUUUUAAAGCACCGUUUCAUUGCCAACAUUGUUCUGAAUUAUUGUCAUUAGCAUUGUAAUUUUUACUUUUGCAAAUUGUCUUUUUAAAGAAGAAAAACUGUUUUUAAAAUAAGUAUGUCAUUUUAUCAGCCAGGAUUGGUAUUGUGAAUGUAACCAAAUAUUAGACUGUUUUUAGUGUUGCCAAUCCUUGUGCACCUAUUACAAAGGAAUUUUGGGGGGGAAAACCAAAGUGUGAUAAAAUGUGCACCAUAUAUUUUGCAGAAAUGUUAAAGAGCUUUCUAUAUAACUGUAAUCAAAUAUGGAUUGAUAAAGAAUAUGUAGAUAAGGUUCCACUGCACAGCUUCCCAAAAUGUUCUUCAUUAGGCAUUCUUCAAAAAUUAACAAGGGAAAAUACAUGUGUUAGGAAAUGGUUUGUGUAAUGACUUCUGAUAACAAAGCCACUUUUUUGCCGAUUUAUAGGAUGUGUCUGAAGAUGAAUUUGCUUUUGUUUUAACUUUAUUCUAUGCAAAAUAUAACAGAUGCUACUUGCUCAUAUAAAAUUUACAGAUUGUGUGUAUUUUUUAAAAGUCUGUGCUUUUAUUUUGUAUUUCCGACAUGAGCAUUCUUGAACUUAAUCAUAUCCUUUGAUAUAAUUGAACAAAAAUGUAGUAGAUUUCUCUUCCGUUUCCUCCUCCUCAGACAUGCGCAUGUACAUUUUUGUAGAUUUAAUGACGUAAAAACCUGGUGAUGCUUCUGUUCACCUUUCCUAAUGGUAUUCUACUUUUGUUUAAAGCUUUACUUUAAAAAAUGAGCAUUUAUAUCUUAUUCUGAAAUCUGGCUUAAUGCAUCAGUUACAAGUAAUGUUCGCAAAGUCAGCUUCUGAUUUAUUUAUCUGAUCAACAACAAUUAUAAAGUAAAUUAAGUGGCUGGAAUUAAUGACAUGCCUGUUCACAUAAAAAAUGAUACUUUGAGUAGUGUUGUAUUUAUUCUUGAAUUGCUAACACACAAUUUCUCAUUCUAUGGAAUUGCUGAUAAUCAUUUUGUAAGGACUUGAACAGAUUUUU